GCUCUGCACGUCUCUCAUGGAUCUUCUUCUUCUUCCUAUCUAGCUAGCCAAAGUCAAUCAUCAAGUCUUUGUGACUCCUUCUUUCUUUCUUUCUUUCUUUCUUUCUUAUGGUGUGCCUUGGACGCAAAGUUUUGAGAUAAAUUAGCCACUUUUUUAAUGUGGGGAGAGGAUUUUGGUGUGGAGAUUUAGAGAGGUUUUGGUCAGUAUGAAGGGUGAGAGAUUUGAGAGGCUUACUGGGAUUGAUCUCUCUGUUAAACUGCAAGAUGAAUCUUGUGAUGAUGAUGGGAUUCAUCACUGUGAUGAUGAUGAUCAUGACAAUAGUCAUAAGAUUGCAAAGGAUUUCUUUAGGCUCUUGCCUAAUGGAAAUGAGGCCCAGGUGUGUAAAGCCCAAGAUCUAAUGACUUCUGUUCUCAAUAGUGCAGCUGCCAAGGAUGGUCAUCAUCAAGAUAAAAUUGGGAAGUUACUGGGUGUUGCACCAAAAACUGCAAGCGAUCGGUCCACUGUGGAAGAUUAUGCCUCCCCAAUCAAUUCUCCAGUGUCUUCUGAUCGAGACUCCAUGGAUCUUGAUCCAAAGAAUGAGGUAAACAUUCUCCAAAGAGAGAUAACCAUUAUGACUGCAGAAAAUCAGAAACUGAAAUUCAUGUUGAGCCAUUUAAGCAACAACUAUACCAAUUUGCAAAUGCAUUUGACUUCUCUGAUGCAGCAGCCUGGUUCUUCUGAUCACACAGCCCCACAACAGGUAACAUCAUCUCAAAGUGAAGGAACAAUGAGAAACACUGUGACUAAAACUUCCACAAGAAAAGUUGAGGAAGCAGUACAAGACAAAACUCCGAUGCAGAGACAGUUUCUAGAAAUUCGAGAUUCACCAAGGCCUAAUGAAGAUUCUCGUGCUUCUCAAGGCACAAGGAUCCGUGGAGACCAUGAUGACGAAGCCUCAGAGAAUUGUAGGAUACUGAAUCAUAUGGAUAACAGUAACAGCAAGCACAAUAAUAAGGAUCAUAACAGCCAUCAAUCAAGUCUAGCACGCAAUGAAAUCCCUGAUCCUACAACUUCUCCAGAUCAUUCUCUCAAUAGUCAUGAAAAUGAGUACACUGCAACAACAAGGGAGGGCAGUUUGGAGAGAAGACCCCCAUGUUGGGAGGCCAAUAAGAUGCAGAAGGUUGUGGAUCAAAGUGAGGGGAGUAUAAGAAAAGCCCGAGUUUCAGUCAGGGCAAGAACCGAAUCUCCCAUGAUAAGUGAUGGCUGCCAGUGGAGAAAAUAUGGACAGAAGAUGGCCAAGGGGAAUCCAUGCCCAAGAGCUUACUACAGAUGCACCAUGUCAGCAGGAUGCCCAGUGAGAAAACAAGUGCAACGCUUAGCAGAAGACACAACCAUUCUGAUCACAACAUAUGAAGGAAAUCACAACCACCCACUUCCUCCAGCAGCCACAGCCAUGGCAUCCACAACAUCUGCUGCUGCCUCCAUGCUUCUCUCUGGUUCUUCCACCUCCUCAGACAAUGUAGGAGGAGGAUUCAAUGCGGCAGCAAGCAUCAUGGCAGGAGGUCUCAUGCCUUGUGCUGCAAACUCAGCUGCCAGCAUAUCAGCAUCUGCUCCAUUCCCCACAAUCACCUUGGAUCUCACACAAAACCCUAACCAGCAAAUGGGUUUUCACCCAAGGGCAAUGACAGGAGGCAUGCAGGCAUUACCCUUUGGAGGAGUAGGGAUUCCUCUCCAUGCAGCCCAACCAUUCUUUCCUCAACCUGCAUAUGGCCAACCCAUGUACAACAACAACAACAGCUCCAUGUUCUCCUCACUCUCAGCCCACCAGAGGGCCCCACCAAUGAUGCAGGUCCCCCACAAUGCAGGUGGACCCAUCUCAGCAACUCCAUUGAGAUUCAAUAAUGUCCAACAUCCUCAUGGUGGGCAUGGACCAUCUCUUCUAGAGAGUGUGAAUGCAGCAACUGCUGCUAUCACAGCUGAUCCCAACUUCACAGUAGCCAUUGCAGCUGCCAUCACAUCUCUCCUCAGCAAUGCCAAUCACUCUGCAACAAACAGACCUCCCAUGAAUGAACAGCAUGAAUGAUUUGAAAGCAUUUCUCACUAUUAUUCCACUGUUCAUAUGCCUUCUCAAUGCAUUGAAUUUCCCCUUGUACCCCUUCAACUUCUUUGAAAGGUGGAAAUUUUGUGUAUGUGGAAUGAAAUUUCCCUUACAAACCUUUGCCCCAUUUGGAUAUCCUCCACUCUUUCAUAGAUAGCAAGCACCUCAGUGCAAUAAGAUCAUUUAUGUAAUUAAAAUAUCCCUUGUCAAUAUGCCAUGAUGUUACUGGCAUUUAAAACUUCA